GCACUGACGCUUGUUGUUGUUGUUAUUGAACUGGUCGUUAUGGCUGAACGAGGCCUCGGACUUAACUGAGAGAGGACCCCCGCCUCGGGACGACCCGCCAUCCAUGGAGGGCACAGACAUGGACGUGGACGCAGAGCUCAUGCAGAAAUUCAGCUGCAUGGGCACCACGGACAAGGACGUCCUCAUCUCGGAGUUCCAGAGGCUGCUGGGCUUCCAGCUCAACCCGGCCGGCUGCGCCUUCUUCCUGGACAUGACCAACUGGAACCUUCAGGCUGCUAUUGGUGCAUAUUAUGACUUUGAAAGCCCCAGUGUCAACACACCAUCCAUGUCCUUUGUUGAAGAUGUGACAAUUGGUGAGGGAGAGUCUGUUCCUCCGGACACACUGUUCACAAAGACCUGGAGAAUACAAAACACAGGCGGAGAGUCAUGGCCGCCAGGUGUUUGUCUGAAAUACAUUGGAGGGGAUCAGUUUGGGCAUGUAAACUCGGUUAUGGUGAAGUCUCUAGACCCCCAGGAAAUUUCAGAUGUGAGUGUACAGAUGAGAAGUCCUACAAACCCAGGCAUGUACCAGGGCCAGUGGAGGAUGUGCACAGCAGCCGGGUUGUUCUAUGGAGAUGUGAUCUGGGUGAUUCUUAGCGUAGAAGUCGGCGGUCUACUCGGCGUCACUCAGCAGCUUUCUUCCUUUGAGACGGAAUUCAACACGCAACCGCAGCGCAACGUGCAGGGGGAUUUCAACCCGUUCGCCUCGCCGCAGAAGAACAAGCAUGAUGCCACUGACAGCAGCUUCAGAGACCCCGGAGGAGCCUGGGAGCGCACACAAGAGCCAAUCCAGCAAGAUCAGAACGGACUGUCUCAUAAUGCUGUAAAUAGGGCGUCAAACGGUCUCCAAACAAAUCUUUCUGUGGUAACUUAUGGCCAGGGUAUUCAUGGUCCCUAUCCGUUUGGAAAGAGCUAGAAAGACAAAGACCCCCCCACCCCCAUGAUGAAAGAUGAGCUCUAACAUCAUGGGAAUCCUUAAGAGCAGAGGAGUUGGAGGGGGGAGGAACUGAUAUUUUCUUUUUUUUUGUUGUUUUUUUAUGGACUCAUGACAACUCUCCCUGAAACCUUUAUGGACCUUUCAACAGACAAACAACAGUGACCUGAUGGGUCACAUGUACUGCAGUGAAACAUCCGACCUGACAUGGAUUCACACGUGUGAAUGCUUCGUUUAAGAGUGCUUUAAACCUCUAAAGAUGGAUACACAAUAAUAUUUUUAUUUUAACUUGUAAGACAUGCCUAAUUAAGGAGAAAAUCCCCCUAAAAAAACCCGACAUGCAUCUGCUACUCCCAUGGGCAGCUGAGUCUCUCCUUUGAAUUCUCAAAAAACUGUUUAAUAUUAUGCUCAAGAAUUGGCAACAAUAAUGUGUCAUUUUAAGUGUUUUCACAUGGGUUAAGACAACAAAGUAUCUUUUAUAAGCAGCAACAUUCUAAUUUUAUUAAACUUUGAUUGAAAAGUUGUUUAGUAGAAGUUCUCAACCAUGUCUUUUGUUGUCGUCCAAAAGCUACAGCAUUCUGAUUUGGUGACAAAUGAAGGGUUAGUCCAUUAGUGAAGCUCAAGACAGCCAGUAACUGGCUUUCAUCAUUUUAAGUCUGCCAUUCUUAGUUCAAGUGAAGUGCCCAUUUGAUCUUUUCAAAUUUAGCCUUUAGAGAGAAAAUCUUAAGCAUAUUUGGCCUGUUUAAGCAUUUUUAAAAUGGAGAUUAACAAAUUUCGUUCAACAUUUGCUGAUCCAAUAUGUGACCUUUGAAUUGUAACACUUUGGUUGUGUAGAUAUGUUUUGAUCUGAAGGAAUAUGUUUUUAAUUAGUCUCAUACAUGAAGAUUUUGGCAUUUCAGUUAUUGUUAUUUCUUGGGAAGGAAUCAGUGAAAAACUUCCCAUGCUGCAACACUAAACAUUGUCACACUAUCUAGGAUCCUUAUCAAUGAGCUGGUCUUCAGUAUCAGUUAUUUUGUCUGUAUAUUCCUAACUACUCCCAAAGAUACAACCCAGAGAGCCAAAACACUAACUAUCAAGCAUCACAAUGUGAUUCUGCCCAGUUCAGUUUGCAUGGGGCAGUGUGCGGUUUCUAUGGCGGGUUUUCACCUUAAACAGAUGCUGAAGUGCAAAAAGGAUGGAAGUGAGUGAGUGGGAAGGGUUAAAAAAGCCAUUUAAAUCUAUUUUGCCUGGUGAGUGACUGUAGUUUGAGUCCAUGUGUACAGGAUGUGUAGUAAAUAUAAAAUGUAUGCGCGAGCUUGCCUGUUGUGUAUGUAUCUCAAUGGUUUCUCCCUGGAUUUAACUGACAUAAAAAUAGUGUAUACUACUUGAGUAAAGGAUGAAUGGACACAUACAUGUCAUUAUAGAGAGAGCUUUAAACGUAAUGUACCUCAGAAGUAUUUUUUGGGUGAUCUAUUUGGAUGAUUUUGCCACAAGUACCCUGAUGUUAUUUAUUUCAUGUCUUUUUGUGC